AUGAACUUCCCAGAAGUCCAGCCCUGCUCGCAAACUCCCUUCUCAACGCCAGCAGAGAACCUCCUCUGGACACCCUCAGCAUUACCAGCCGCAUCAGCCACAGAAGCAGAACCGGCAAGUCCCUUGCUAACCCUCUCAGCAGCAGACUACGCCUCACUGCAAACCUACAUCACGACAACAGCCGCCCUCCCACAAUCGUACGAGGCCUACAAGACCCUCUACCCGGACGUCCUGAGCCCGCUAACGGCAUCGAACCUAUACUCGAGAACGGGGCAAACACUCGUCUCCACGGCGGCGCUGACAAGGUCGUACCAGCUCUCCUUCAGCAGGAUCCCAAGCAUCGCCGGCGCGAUCAUCGGAUUCGCGACGGAAGCGCGACAAUGGUAUCCGCGGUUAAAGACGCAGUUGCAUGGACUAGACGCAAUACCUGUCGAUGCGCGCCAAGGCCGGGAGUGGGAGGGGUGGAAAGGGGCUGCGGUCACGGUGCUGAAGGUACUGAGUAACCAGGCGGAGAUGAAGGAGGAAAAGAUUGGGGUCAUUUUAGCGCAGUUUACCUUGGUAGAAACCCCCCCCCCCCCCCUAACGCGUAUACAAUGGGGUGGCGUGGGGUUGUGAGAAGCUGAGCGUUUGAGGUGAGGAUAUAGCUACGUUCCGAAACGCUACACCUGAGGUCCACAAUUCAAGAAAUCACCGAGGAGCUAUCUACUCUCCAAAACGUCAUAACUAGAGAAUCCGCAGACAGGUCGACGGCGUUACAAGCCCUAGAGAUCGAGCGCGCCUUGGUGGAAGAAGAGCGUAGCGAGCGCAACCGAGAAAGAAACCGCGCACUUAUCGGCCUGGGAUAUAGUAACGCCCCCCUCUCCUCCCUCCCACCAUAAUCUAACAGCCCACAGUGUUCGUAGAUCCCCUCCUCGGCCUCCUCUCCACCGCAACGGCAGUCGCCAGCAUCCAGUCAGUGUACGAAGCCAAGCGCCGUGAGCGCAACAACCUCGACGAUGAGAUCAACGCCACCCACAGCGGCCUGACCGGCCUCGAGAGGGCCAAGGUCACAACGGGGUCAUUGGAACACAUGUUCAAUGGCAUCCUCUCCGCUGUCGACCCCUUCCUGCAAGUGUGCACGUCCAUCAAGAGCAGCUUCCGCACCAUGCAGACGAAUUUUGAGCUUGUGUCUGCCUCCUUACGCGCCACGUCUGAUUCCGCCGCCGGGAACGGAUUUUCGUGGGCUAUCGAGGACUUGCAGAGGGCUUGCGAGGUUUGGGAGAAGAUUACGGAGCGGGCGUAUGAGUUUCAGGGUGAGGAGUUUUUGAAGGUUUGUGUUAGGAAGCAGGAG